AUGACCGCCAAUUCUGCCUACCUGGCCAUUCCGGGCUCAGUCGCGUUCUCUCAUUCGCGCGGCCAUGCAGUUGCUGCGAGCAUCGGUGCACAGGAUGUUCGGGCCCAAUGGGUCCACUAUGUCCAUACGUCUCAAACAUUGGAAGAACCCCAGCAAGCUGUUUUGAAGCAGCUGCUGCACUAUGGUGACAUCACGGACAUUCCCGAAUCCUUCAGUGCAGAGGAUGGAGACUUUGAUGUCUUUUACAUCUUUCCUCGGACCGGCACCAUUUCUCCUUGGAGUACCCAGGCUACGGGCAUCUCCCAUGUCUGCGGUUUGCGCAAGUAUGUGAAGCGCAUUGAGCGGGGCUUGAAGAUUUCGUGCCUACGCACAGACUCUGCCGAAUAUAAGUUGGGAUUCCAGGAUACUUUGCACGACCGGAUGACGCAGAUUAUCAGCAAGGACGAACCCGAUUUGCAUUUGAUGUUCUCCGAGCAUAGUCCCCUCCCUCUCGAGACAGUACCUCUCCGCAGCAGUGAUAAAUCCCCCAAGGAAGUCCUGCAGGAGGCAAACAAACGACUAGGAUUAGCCCUGGAGGAAUCUGAGAUUGAUUACCUUGCAGAGGCCUAUGGUCCGAACGGCCCUCUUGCUCGCGAUCCUACCGAUGUCGAACUGUUCAUGUUCGCUCAGGUCAACUCGGAACAUUGUCGUCAUAAGCAGUUCAAUGCUUCGUGGGUCAUUGACGGGAAGCAGAUGCCAAACAGUCUGUUCUCGAUGAUCCGGAAUACACACAAGAGGCACCCGGACUAUACUGUUAGCGCAUACAGUGACAAUGCCGCUGUUCUGGAGGGGGGUGAAGCUGCUUUCUGGUCGCCAGACUCUUUCACUGGAGAGUGGAAUCACACGAAGGAACUGGUCCAUUUCCUGGCCAAAGUGGAGACUCACAACCAUCCCACCGCUGUGUCCCCCUUCCCCGGUGCGGCCACCGGCUCCGGUGGAGAGAUUCGUGAUGAAGGAGCCGUGGGGCGAGGCUCAAGGCCUAAGGCAGGUCUUUCGGGCUACUGCGUCUCUGAUCUGCUGAUCCCCGACUUGAAACAGCCUUGGGAACUUGAUAUCGGCAAGCCGAACCACAUCGCCAGCAGCCUGGAUAUCAUGCUGGAAGCCCCAAUCGGAAGUGCUGCCUACAACAACGAAUUCGGACGGCCGUGCAUCUCGGGUUAUUUCCGUACCUUGCUGACAGAGGUCGACAUAGGCAAUGGCCAGACCGAAUUCCGUGGCUACCACAAACCCAUCAUGAUCGCCGGUGGUGUGGGAACCGUCCGGCCUCAACACGCUCUCAAAAAGCCAGAAACCGUCAAGCCUGGCUCUUUCCUCGUCGUUCUGGGUGGACCCGCCAUGCUGAUCGGACUUGGUGGCGGCGCGGCUUCUAGUAUCACAUCUGGUGAAGGGUCCGCGGACCUGGACUUUGCUAGUGUACAACGAGGCAAUGCCGAAGUCCAGAGAAGGGCGCAGGAAGUCAUUAAUGCCUGCGUAGCUAUGGGUGAUAACAACCCCAUCAAAUUUAUCCACGACGUUGGUGCCGGUGGUCUUUCCAACGCACUUCCUGAGUUGAUCCACGAUUCCGGCCUGGGGGCCACGUUCGAACUGCGUGAGAUCGAUAGUGCUGAUCGAAGCAUGAGCCCCAUGCAGAUUUGGUGCUGUGAAGCCCAGGAGCGAUAUGUCAUGGCUAUUGGUGAGGAAUCAAUGAACAAGUUCACUGCGAUCGCCCACCGUGAGCGUUGUGGCUUCUCCGUCGUUGGCCGUGGAGAGGGCUUGCCGGAAGAAGACAAGAGGCUCAUCCUUCUCGACAGAGAGUCCAAGGAAUACCCGAAGCCAAUUGACCUGCCCCUAUCGGUGCUGUUCGGAAAGCCCCCUAGGAUGACUAGGAUCGUGGACUCACGCAAGCUGAAGCUUCCCGCCGUCGACGCAAGUCUGACCACCUAUCUGCCUUCAAUGGCACCUAAUCAUCUCGAGCUUAUUGAGGAGGCAGUGAAGCGAGUGCUGUCUCUUCCUGCUGUCGCCUCCAAGUCAUUCCUUAUCACCAUAGGUGACAGGACCGUGGGCGGUCUCACUGCUCGCGACCAGAUGGUGGGCCGGUGGCAGACGCCCGUGUCUGACGUUGCUGUCACGGCGACUGCACUUCUCCAGGGAGUCACGACCGGUGAGGCUAUGGCGAUGGGUGAGAAGCCCACCCUGGCUCUCAUCUCCCCAGCCGCCUCGGCUCGGAUGGCUGUGGCAGAAUCUCUGAUGAACAUCGCCGCCGCCGAUCUAGUUGACCGUCUUAGCCGAGUGAAGCUCUCCGCCAACUGGAUGUCGGCCAGUAGCCAUCCCGGUGAGGGCGCUGCUAUCUACGAAGCGGUGGAAGCGAUCGGUAUGGACCUGUGCCCUAAACUUGGCAUUAGCAUUCCGGUCGGGAAAGACUCUAUGUCCAUGAAGAUGAAGUGGACCGACGAGACCUCCAAGGAGGCCAAGGAAGUUACCGCUCCUAUGUCUCUCGUUAUCUCGGCCUUCGCUCCUGUUUCGGACUACCGAAAGACCUGGACCCCUGCACUUCGUCGCCCUGAGGAUGUCGGUGACACUGUUCUCAUGUUUGUCGACCUCUCCUUCGGCCGCAAAACCCUGGGUGGCUCCGCUUUUGCUCAGGUGUUCAACCAAGUUGGCGACGCGUGCCCUGACGUGCGUGAUGUCGAAAUCUUUAGGGAUUUCUUUGACGCCACUCAGCAACUACAGGAGGCAGGCAUUGUUCUGGCUUACCAUGACCGUUCCGAUGGUGGUCUUUUCACCACUCUGGCGGAGAUGAUGUUUGCCGGACGAUGCGGCCUCGAGAUCAUGCUGGACAACAUUUGCUCGAGCUCGGACACAAGGAGCAUCGUGGAGACCCUUUUCACUGAAGAAUUGGGAGCAGUGUUCCAGGUCCGCAAGGAACACGAGAUCCAGUUCCGGUCUUGCUUCGCUACCUGCGGCCCCCCUGCUGGUCUGAUCCACAAGAUCGGACGGGUUUCCGAACGGCACAAGCAGAACCUUGCCAUCUACCACGGGCACACCAUGGUGUACCGUAACAGCCGCUCCAGCCUCCAGCAAACCUGGGCGACGACGUCAUACCACAUGCAGAAGAUGCGCGACAACGCCAUGUGUGCCGAACAGGAGUUUGCCAACAUCCUUGAUGACGCCGACCCUGGUUUGUCCUGGAACCUUACCUUCGACCCGAAGGAAAAGACCCUUCCGUUCCUUACGAGCCUGACUCAAAUGUCCCCCUUCAGCAACAAGCCCCGUGUGGCCAUCCUCCGUGAACAGGGAGUCAAUAGCCAAGCCGAGAUGGCCUUUGCCUUCAAUAUGGCUGGCUUUUCCGCCGUUGAUGUGCAUAUGACCGACAUCAUCUCCGGACGCGUGUCGCUUGCCAGUUUUGUCGGUCUUGCCGCCUGCGGUGGCUUCUCGUACGGCGACGUUCUCGGCGCCGGUCAGGGAUGGGCGAAGUCGGUGCUGUUGCACGACAACACUCGGAACGAGUUCCAGUCUUUCUUCGGACGUCCCGAAACAUUCGCUCUCGGGGUCUGCAAUGGUUGUCAAUUCCUCUCGCGUCUCAAGGAGUUGAUUCCGGGUGCCCAGAGCUGGCCCAGCUUCGAGCGCAAUGCCAGCGAACAGUACGAAGGGCGUGUUUGUAUGGUCCGCGUCUCGGACCCCGACCCUUCGCGACCCAGCAUCUUUCUACACGGCAUGGACGGCUCGUCACUGCCCAUUGUCGUGGCCCACGGAGAAGGACGUGCCUCGUUCUCGCCGUCCUCCAACAUGACGGCUCAGUCGUUCGUCCGCGAAGGUCUCGCCCCUGUCCAGUUUGUCGACAACGCCGCCCUCAAGCCGACAACGACCUACCCCUUCAACCCCAACGGCAGUCCCGAAGGUAUUGCCGGCGUGCGCAACGCGGACGGUCGCGUGCUCGCUAUCAUGCCUCAUCCAGAGCGGACGGUGAUGGGCGGCAUUGCCAGCUGGCUGCCUGCGAAUGCCCGUCGGUGGGGUGAUAUUGGACCAUGGGGGCGGGUGUUCUUCAGUGCUAGACGAUGGGUUGGUUAG